AUGGCUGUGAAAAGGGAGGCGAAUGUUCAUAGUACGGCAGUUAGUGGGGUGUUUGCAGCAGUGAGAUGGGAACUAGCCUCAGUGAAGGGGAAGGUUGCAGAAAUUGAGGGGGAGGUGGCAGAGGUUAAGGGGGAAGUGGAAGAGGUGAAGGGGGAAAUGGAAGAGGUGAAGGAGGAAGUGGCAGAGGUGAAGGAAAAGAUGGCAGAAGUAAAGGGGGAGCUGGCAGCAGCAGUGGCGGAGAAGAGGUGGGUUGUGGAGAAUGAGGUGGAUGGGCAAAUCUCACAACUAUGUGCUCCAUCUGUCUCCUCAUGUGCACUCGGUCAGUACAGCACCUCUCUCACAUUUCCUGCCACUUCCCCCCUCCUUCCCCUGGUCCUGCUGCCACCUUUCCUCAUACUUGCCCUGCCGCACCUUAAUGUGCAGCGGCACGCCUUGCAUAGCCAUGCCCCGGAGGACUGCAGUGGCAAUGCUGCUGCUGGCUUUCUUUCUCGGCGCUUCCAUUGUGUAUUUUGGCGAAUCAAGGCAGCAUCACAAGCAACUGAGCUGAGCCUUGGCAAUCUCAAAGGCCUCUCAGACGGCGUCCUUCACCAUGCUUCAGUGCAGAGGGCAUCAAGCACCUCUACAGGCUGCCACAGCUUGAGUAGUGGCAGUCAUAAGAUUGCAUGGGAGCGAAUCAAGGCAGCAUCACAAGCAACUGAGCUGAGCCUUGGCAAUCUCAAAGGCCUUUCAGACGGCGUCCUUCACCAUGUGGCUGAGAUGACACAUCUGAAGAGCAUCGACUUGCACUAUGAGCCAGGCUUCUUUUGGUGGAUGCCGUCGUCAGGCUUCAGUGCAGAGGGCAUCAAGCACCUCUACAGGCUGACACACUUUGAGAAGCUAGACCUCAAAGGCACAGGCAUAACAGACAGUGCCUUAGAAGGCAUCGAGUCCUUGACCGAACCAAGGUGA